UCCAGUGCGCUUGCGCGGUUGCUCCCGCUCGCUAUUCUUAGCCCAGCCGAGCCUGCCCCCAACACGCACCGGGCGCGCACGCCGUGAGAACCCACGGCUACCCCGCGCGCCCGUGCCGGCAAGCAGCCAUGGACAUCGACCUCGACCGGGCGCGCGCGCUGCGCGUCCUCGGCCGCGGCGCCAUGGGCACCGUGUUCCUCGUCGCCGACGGACCCUCGGCCUCGCGCCCCGACCGCUACGCCCUCAAGGCCUUCGACAAGCGCUCCGCCAAGCCCGACGCCGACCGCCGCGCACGGUGGGAGAUGAGCGUGCUCUCCCGCCUCGCGCACCCGCACCUCCCGUCCCUCCUCGGCUUCACCGAGACGGACGACCUCCUCGCCUGGGCCGUCCCCUACUGCCCUGGUGGCGACCUCAACGAGCUCCGCUACUCGCUCCCCGACCGCGUCUUCUCCCCCGCCGCCAUACGCUUCUACGUCGCCGAGAUCGUCUCCGCAAUCGCCGAGCUCCACGCCGCUGGCGUCGUGUACCGCGACCUCAAGCCCGAGAACGUGCUCCUCCGCGCCGACGGCCACGUCGUCCUCACCGACUUCGACCUCUCCCGCCUCCUCCACCACCGGCCCACGUCCGCGUCCUCUUCGCCGCCGCCGCCCCCGCCGCCGGCGUACCGCGCCCACCACAACCGCCGGACGCGCGUCGCCGCGCGAAGCGACUCCGUCGUCGGCGUCGGUGGCCAGGCCAAGUCCAGGCCCCCUCAGCCCUGGUCCGCGGCGCCGUCGCCGCGCCAGCAGUUCCAGAGCUUGAUCCGGUUCCUGAUGGGGAGCGACGGGGCCGGGAUGACCAAGAAGACCAAGUCGGCGCGGGUGUCUCCGGUUAGCCGGAAGCCCGGGAGCUUCGGCUGCUCCGGCGAGGCCGGCGCGUGGGGCAAGUCCUACUCCUUCGUCGGCACGGAGGAGUACGUGGCGCCGGAGAUGGUGCGCGGCGAGGGCCACGGGUUCGCCGUCGACUGGUGGGCCGUUGGCGUGCUCGUGCACGAGAUGGCGUUCGGCCGGACGCCGUUCAAGGGCCAGAACCGGAAGGAGACGUUCCGGAACGUGCUGCACAAGGAGCUCGAGUUCCCGGGGGACAGCCGGCGGCGGAUGCCGGAGCUCACCGACCUCAUCUCGCGCCUGCUCGAUCGGGACCCGAGGAGGAGGCUCGGGUACGCCGGCGGCGCCGACGAGGUCCGCGAGCACCCGUUCUUCGCCGGCGUGGCGUGGGACAUGCUCACGGAGGUGUCCCGGCCGCCCUACAUCCCGCCACCGGCCGACGAGGAUCUCGUGGCCGGCGAGGGGUUCGACGUGAGGGAUCACUUCAGGAACCUCCAUCAGCCACCGCCUCCCAAGGCCACGUCGGAGGCCUCGUCGGACUUCUCGUCGGAGUUCUGAUCUCCCGACGACGAACGUCGCUCGUGUGCCACCGCAGACUUUAGUUGUUUUUACGCUUUGGACCUCGGUAGAGUACCAUAUUGUAACUGACGGAUCGAGGGUGCCUGCUGUACAUACACGGAGGAUGGCCUUGGAUGUAAAUUCGACGUAGAGUUGGUGGAGUUGCGCAAACAUUUUGUGGUCGAGGUCGAGUCGUUUCUUCGUGUAACUUUUCGCUUGCCUUGCAAGCGAUGAACUGAUUACCGAAGAAAAGGUAACGUGACUUGGGAGCA